AUGGGUAUCAAAAACCUCUACCAGAUCAUCAAGGAGGAGGCUCCCAAUGCCAUCAAGGAGGGCGAGAUCAAGGCCCACUUUGGCCGCAAAGUCGCCAUUGAUGCGUCCAUGAGCAUCUACUCCUUCCUCAUCGCCGUCCGAUCUGAUGGCCAGCAGCUCAUGAACGAGAGCGGCGAGACCACCUCACAUCUGAUGGGUCUCUUCUACCGCACCCUGCGAAUGGUCGACAACGGCAUCAAGCCCCUCUACGUCUUCGACGGUGCCCCGCCCAAGCUCAAGUCUGGCGAGCUGGCCAAGCGAUUCCAGCGCAAGCAGGAGGCCAACGAGAACCUCGAGGAGGCUAAGGAGACUGGAACGGCCGAGGACGUCGAGAAGUUCUCCAGACGGACGGUCCGCGUCACCCGCGAGCACAAUGCCGAGUGCCAGCGCUUGCUCAAGCUGAUGGGCAUCCCCUUCAUCGUCGCCCCGACCGAAGCUGAGGCGCAGUGUGCCGUGCUGGCUCGCGCCGGCAAGGUCUACGCCGCUGCUAGCGAGGAUAUGGAUACCCUCACCUUCGACACACCCAUUCUCCUGCGCCACCUGACUUUCAGCGAGCAGCGCAAGGAGCCCAUUCAGGAAGUCCACAUCGACAAGGUGCUCGAGGGCCUGGGCAUGGAGCGUGAGCAGUUCGUCGAUCUCUGCAUUCUCCUCGGCUGCGAUUACCUUGACCCGAUCCCCAAGGUCGGCCCCUCGACCGCCCUGAAGCUCAUCCGCGAGCACGGCACUCUGGACAAGCUGGUGGAGGCGAUCAAGGAAGACCCCAAGGGCAAAUACCAGAUCCCCGAGGACUGGCCCUACCAGGACGCUCGCGAGCUCUUCUUCAAGCCUGACGUCCGCCCGGCCGACGACCCGUUGUGCGAUUUCAAGUGGGAGAAGCCUGAUAUGGACGGUCUUGUGCAGUUCCUCGUCACCGAGAAGGGAUUCUCAGAGGACCGUGUGCGCUCUGCAGGAGCUAGACUGGAGAAGAACCUGAAGAGCAGCCAGCAGGUUCGCCUAGACGGAUUCUUCAAGGUGAUUCCCAAGACGGACGAGCAGAAGGCCGACGCCAAGCGCAAGCUGGAUGCUAAGAACGAAGAGAAGAAGAAGAAGCAGAAGCUUGAGAAAAAGGAGAAGGCGGCGGCCAAGGCGAAGCCCCGUGGUGCGUAA